UGGCGCCACGCUACGAAGAUGGCGUAAAGCGAGUCGUGCCGGGCGGGCUCUACGGAGGCGGCGUAAGAAGGCUGGCCCGGGUGCUCCGCGGCUGAGGCGUGUGCUGGUCCAGGCAACACGGCCGGGGCCGAGUGAGGCCGCACCGCACUCGUUAAAGUUGGGGAUCAGCCAACGGAGGCGCCGCUCAGCCGCGGGUGCUAAGAAGGCGCCGCAGCUCUCAGAGCCAGCCGCCCUGUCUCCGGCGUGGGCACUCUGCUCUCUCCAUGCUCCCGUUCGUGUGUUGCCGGCCAGAGGUGACCAGGCCCAGCUCUCAGCGUGGCCACUGUCAGGGAGGCCAUGGGGAGCUCCGCCUCCUCCCUGGCCACCGAGACAGAGUCAGACCAUGGCUUCCCUAGGGGGCUGCCCUACCCAGGGCCUUCAGCAGCGGCUGGCUGGUGUAGGAGUAGCCCUGGGGCACCUGUCUGGGGGAGUGCCCUGGUCACCAGGCAGCACCCACGUCCCCGGGCCCGCAGCCACACACACUCACCCGGGUCUAUGGCCACGGUGGGGGAGUGGUCCUGUGCACGUUGCACCUUCCUGAACCCAGCCGGCCAGCGCCAGUGUUCCAUCUGCGAGGCCCCCCGGCACAAGCCUGACCUGGACCAGAUCUUGCGGCUCAGCGUAGAGGAGCAGAAAUGGCCCUGUGCUCGCUGCACAUUCCGGAACUUCCUGGGCAAGGAGGCCUGUGAGGUGUGCGGUUUCACCCCAGAGCCUGGCCGUGGGGCCACCUUGCUGCCCAUCAUCAAUGGGGUCCUGCCCAAGCCUCCCACUGUCCUCGUGGAGCCAAAGGGCAGCUGCAAGGAAGAGGCUGGCCCAGUACGGACAGUGGGACUGGGGGCUGUGGAACCAGCCAGGGGACACCCUGAGGAGGAGGAAACAGAGGAGCUAGAGGACCCAGAGGAGGGGGCAGAGCCCAGAAGUGGCUGGGCCUGCCAGCGCUGCACCCUGCACAACACACCUGUUGCCAGCUCCUGCUCUGCCUGUGGAGGCCCCAGGAAACUGUCAUUGCCCAGAAUCCCCCCAGAGGCACUGGUGGUCCCUGAGGUAGUGGCCCCCUCAGGCUUCCAUACUGUACCCGUCCCUACCCAGCCAGUUCUUCCUGGGGAAGGUGCUGAGGCUGACCCUCCCUCUACCAGCCAAGGUCUAACUUCUGCUAACCAGGAAACUCCCAGGGUACCACCUUUCAGCCCCUUCUCCUCCACCCUACAGAACAACCCUGUACCCCGAAGUCGCCGAGAGGUUCCUCCUCAGCUGCAGCCACCUGUGCCUGAGGCUGCUCAGCUCUUACCCUCCACUAGCUCUAAAGGCUGGUCUGGAGCUGGAGCCGGGGCUGGGGCCGGGGCCGGGGCCGGGGCCGGGGCCGGGGCCGGGGCCGGGGCUGGGGCCUCCCGCCUGGCAGAGCUUCUGUCAGGCAAGAGGUUGAGUGUGCUGGAGGAGGAAGUCCCAGAGGACAGGCCUACCCCUGGUGAGGCCUGCAGCCCCACCCCAGGCAGUGAUGUCAUUGACCUGACCGGUGACACCGUACGCUACACACCUGCCAGCCCCUCCAGCCCUGACUUCACCACCUGGGCCUGUGCCAAGUGCACACUCCGGAACCCAACAGCAGCCCCCAGGUGCACAGCUUGUGGUUGCUCUAAGCUGCAUGGCUUCCAGGAACGUGGUGAGCCCCCCACCCAUUGCCCAGACUGUGGUGCCAACAAACCAGGUCCCUGUGGCAGUGGUUGUGGACGAUGCCUCUCAGCCCAUAAGGCCUCCCGCCUCCUAACCGAACAUCCAGGCCAGUGGGCCUGUCCUGCCUGCACCCUACUCAACACACCCCGGGCCAAACACUGUGCAGCUUGCCACACUCCUCAGCUGCUGGUGGCCCAGCACUGGGGAGCCACACCCCUGAGGCGCAGGGAAAGCAUGCACGUGGAGAAGCGGCGUCAGACAGAUGAAGGCGAGGCCAAGGCUCUCUGGGAGAACAUAGUGGCUUUCUGCAGGGAGAACAAUGUGAACUUUGUAGACGACAGCUUCCCCCCUGGGCCUGCAUCUGUCGGCUUCCCUAUGGGCGACAGUGUCCAACAGCGUGUAAAGCAGUGGUUAAGGCCCCAUGAGAUCAACUGCUCUGUCUUCAGGGACCACAGCACACCGUGGUCCGUCUUCCACACCCUCCGACCCUCGGACAUCCUGCAGGGACUGCUGGGGAACUGCUGGUUCCUGAGUGCACUGGCAGUGCUAGCUGAGCGACCUGACCUAGUCGAGAAGGUGAUGGUCACACGUACCCUAUGCGUGGAAGGUGCCUACCAAGUGCGACUAUGCAAGGAUGGCACUUGGACCACAGUGCUGGUGGAUGACAUGCUGCCCUGUGAUGAAGCCGGUUUCCUCCUCUUCUCACAGGCACAGCGGAAGCAGCUGUGGGUGGCUCUCAUCGAGAAGGCACUAGCUAAGCUACAUGGCUCCUACUUUGCCCUCCAGGCAGGGCGCGCCAUCGAAGGCCUGGCCACACUCACUGGCGCCCCUUGCGAGAGCCUGGCGCUGCAGGUCAGCUCCACUAACCCCCGAGAGGAGCCUGUUGACACUGACCUCAUCUGGGCCAAAAUGCUGAGUUCUAAGGAGGCUGGGUUCCUCAUGGGUGCCUCCUGUGGUGGGGGCAACAUGAAGGUAGAUGAGGCUGCCUACGAGAGCCUGGGCCUACGCCCCCGCCAUGCCUACUCCAUUCUGGACGUCCGUGACAUUCAAGGCUCCAGGCUCCUGCGACUCCGGAACCCCUGGGGCCGUUUCUCCUGGAAUGGCAGCUGGUCUGAUGAGUGGCCUCACUGGCCAGGGCACCUGCGGGGUGAACUGAUGCCACGGGGCAGUAGCGAGGGUGUCUUUUGGAUGGAGUACAGCGAUUUCAUCAGGUACUUUGACUCUGUGGAUAUCUGCAAGGUGCAUUCAGAUUGGCAGGAGGCACGAGUUCAAGGGAGCUUCCCCAGCUCUGCCAGUGGGCCUGUGGGAGUUACGGCACUUACUGUACUGGAGCGUGCUUCGCUGGAGUUUGCCCUCUUCCAGGAAGGCAGCAGGCGCUCAGACACAGUGGACAGCCACUUACUAGACCUGUGCAUCUUGGUAUUCCGGGCCACUUUUGGCAGCGGUGGCCGCCUGAGUCUGGGUCGCCUCUUGGCCCACAGCAAACGUGCUGUGAAGAAGUUUGUGAAUUGCGAUGUCAUGCUGGAACCCGGGGAGUAUGCUGUGGUGUGCUGUGCCUUCAACCACUGGAGCCCUGCUCCACCAGGGCCCCCUGCCACACAGGGUAACAGCUCCCCCCAGACCCUGGGUCUGAGCCUGCCUUCCCAUUUGGGAAGCCUGCCAGCUCCCUUAUUCAUGCCCCCCACAGCCUCCAGCCCCUCAGCAGGGGUCCCCCGAGGCACCCCCGAGCCUCCAGGCCAUGUGCUUGCAGUAUACAGCUCAAGACUGGUUAUGGUGGAGCCAGUGGAGGCACAGCCAACCACACUGGCCGACGCCAUCAUCUUGCUCACUGAGAGCCGGGGUGAACGACAUGAGGGCCGUGAAGGCAUGACCUGCUACUACCUGACACAUGGCUGGGCUGGGCUUAUCGUGGUGGUAGAGAACCGGCACCCCAGGUCCUACCUGCAUGUCCAGUGUGACUGCACUGACAGCUUCAAUGUGGUGUCCACGCGUGGCAGCUUACGUACCCAGGACAGUGUGCCACCCCUGCACAGGCAGGUCCUGGUGAUCCUGUCCCAGCUGGAGGGCAACGCUGGAUUCUCCAUCACACACCGCCUGGCACACCGAAAGGCAGCCCAGGCCUUCCUCAGUGACUGGACUGCCUCCAGGGGCACCCAUAGCCCGCCUCUCACACCUGAGGUCGCUGGCCUACAUGGGCCUCGGCCCCUGUGAUUGCUGUGCCAUUGGGUGGGGGCUUGUGCAGACUGCCCACCUGUUCCCCACAUGCACUUUAUGAGGGAGACCCCAAUGAAGGACGCUUGAACCAGAAUCUCAGGACCCCUGCCCAGGGAGCCGCCAGCCACAGCUCCCCCUGGGCUCUCCCAUGCCCUUCUACCCCUCCCCAUCCCUGAGCACCCUCAGGCCCCUGGCCCAGGCUCCCAGACACUAAGCAGAAUACCUCGAACCAGGUGAGCCACAUGCUAGCCCCCAUGACCUGCCAACCCCAGGGACAGCAUCCAGCAACAGUGGGGUCUGAGCCAGGCUGGCCCAUCACCCUAAGCAUGCAUGGGUCAUCUCCUGCCAGGAAGAGGUAGCCAGGAACUCUGUUCACAAACCAAAUCUGGGGUCAGAGGCUAGGACCCCAUGGUGAAAGCCAGGACUACCCUUGGUUCCCAGGAGGCAGCCUCUCCUCAGUUUGCCCAGAGCCUGGCUCCCACCCCUAAGAGGCAGGCAGAAUUCCAGAAACCCUAUUGUUUGAGCAGCGCAUCCCAGGAGGUAGGUGCCUGGUAGCCACAGGCUGGGGCCCCUCCCAUGAUACUAUGCAAUUCCUGGAGCGCCUGCCAGGAUCGAAGCCAUGACGGGGCAGCAAGUUGGGAGCUGGGCCCAGCCCUGCUGUUUGGUGGGGUGCUUUGUCCUCAUCAGCCCUGACUAUGGCCAUCCAGGCCACGGUCCAGUAGAAGCCCCAUCCUAUGGCCUUCACUUAGCCACAGAGAGGGACCCUAGCCCUAUCACAGGCACAAGGCAGGACACAGCCACUCCCCCCAGGAAGCCCAAGGAACUGAGCCACCCACCUGCCUGGCAUCCCCUUGCUGCUUGCUGAAGCCAGUCACCUUGUCUGCCACAUGGAUGUCCAAGUCCAGCUUCCUGGGUUCCCUGCCCAGCUACCACUGUCAUGCAGGCAGCCAGCCUGCCCAUAGUCCUCGCACCUUGUGGGGUUUGUAAGGUUUUUACACCUGGAAACACACUCCCCUCUCCCCUCUGGGCCUCCUUUUAUUCUGAGCUGUGAAUAUUUUUAACCCUGUAAAUAUGGCCAGCUCUCCCAACACAGAGACCAUUUUAUCAGCUGUCAGUCCCUUCCUGGUUUGAGGACUCCAUGGGCGGUUUCCACUCAGGCUCCAAGGACCAAAUAAAAGCGAUUU